CACGUGACCGAGAAAGGCGGAAGUGACAAGUUAAACAGAAAGCUGAAGCAUGCAGCUAGCUGGUUGAUAAUUAACUGACCUGAUCUCACCAAACAGGAAAGGUGGGAGCUGAAAGACAAGCAGCGACGGGAGCAGCGACUGGCAAGGCAGCAUUACUUCGUUUUUGCUGCCAAAAUGUUGUCUGAAGGCAGUUCUUUCAUGAAGGGGGUGCUCCUCGGAGGCCUCUUCUGCUUGGUGCUGUCGCUCCUGAGUAGUUUCAGCCCCAGCACAGAGUCUGGUACAGAGGACCAUCAUCAUCAUCAUGUCAUGGCCCCGAGUAAAGACGAGCUCAAACGCCUCUCUGACAGUCGGAUGAAGGAGUUGAGCAAUCAAGUCCGGGUGUCUUGCAUCAUCAUGGUCCAACCUAAGAUCCUUGUUUACUGGGCUACAGCUGUAGACACCUGGAGUAAACACUGUGACAAGGCUGUGUUUUACACCUCUGAACAGUCAAAGGCACUCGAGGCGGUGGACCUGAAUGAAAAAGACGACUGGGCAAGGUUACGUAAAGCUCUGAAGCAUGCUUAUGAGACUGCGGGAGACCUGCGCUGGUUCUUUGUGGCACAAGCCACCACGUUUGCAAUCAUCGAGAACCUCAAAUACCUGGUGCUCGCAAAGGAUCCAAACGAGCCCUUCUACCUGGGCAACGCUAUGAAGUCAGGGGAGCUUGAGUAUGUGGCCUACGAUAGCGGCAUUGUUCUGAGCUAUGAAGCGCUGAAAAGGCUGGUGAAAAUAUUCCAGGAUGAGGACAAAUGUCCAGAGAGAGGACGCGCUCUGUGGAAGCUGAGUGAGGACAAGCAGCUGGCUGUGUGUCUCAAGUAUACCGGUGUCUUUGCAGAGAACGGAGAAGAUUCACACGGAAAGGGCUUGUUCAACGGCAAGAGCGUGGAGACUCUGAUAAAAGACAGCAUGAAGGACAACCCCAGUAAUGUAGUGGAGGGCUGCUGCUCCGACCUGGCAGUCACAUUCAACGGGAUGUCUCCGAAUCAAAUGCAGGUCAUGAUGUUUGGAGUUUACAGACUUCGACCUUAUGGCCACGACUUCGUUGACUCAUUAGCUUUCCUCCCUCCUGAAGGUUCAGAUAACGACUAGAGACUCAUUCCUUCAGGCUGGAUGUGGCAUUUUAAAGAUUUUGCUUCUAUGAUGGCAAACUCAAUUUUGGGGCAAUGGUUUUCGUAUGCUGUUUGUAAAAGAAAAGUGGAUCUUGGGUGGGAAACACUUUUAUGUUUAUUUGUACAUUAUUUGCACUUGGCACAAUCAGCACCCCAUUCCUUUGUGGUGGAGGUAAAGAGGGUCAAUGGGUGUGCCUUUCUUAUGAAUGAAGCUAGGAAAUAUAUCAGAUUUGUGACAUGAGGCAGGAUGAUCUGGAGGUUUUGGUUAUUAUAAUGUUAUAUAUCUUAAAUGUUCGUCUUUUUGUGGUCUUAAAGCUACAUUCAUGUUAUUAAGAAGAACUAUUUUCUGAAAAACUAUUGAACAAGUUUCUGAAACUAUUUAAAUUUAAAUUUAAAAAGUGCUUGGACCUUUUAACCACCAUAUGAACAACUUCUUUUGAUCUAUGAGAGUACAGAUGUAUGAUUCUUGCCAUGCUGUGUUUGGUCAUCUCAGCAUAUACAGAAGUGGCCCUCCCAGCUUAAUAAAAAAUAUCAUACCUAGUGUUUACUAAAAUGUAAACUAUUUGUCUUGAAAAAGUAAUACAAUUAAAAAUAAAGUCUUUAAGUGUGAUUGAUCCACUGACAUUUUAACUACACGGGUGUCAGAAUGACCAGAUCUCGAUUGAAAAUACGUUUGGAUAAUGAAUAAAAUUAAUUUCUGAUAAAACUUCAGUGUGGUUUGUGUUUUGAAUGAUAAUGGGAACAUUGUUUGAAGUUGAGAACUUUACAUUAGAGCGCAGGUAAUAUUCCAGGUGCUGGUAUUUUCCACUUUGUAAGGUUUACUUUGAUUUAUAUUUACAAAAGGUAAAUAUUUGAUUUUGUUAAAGAACUACUGUGAAUGCAUUUGCCUGCAGAUGAACUGUGCCCACCUUUUUAUAUCCUACAUUCACUGUACGUCCAUGUUUUGCCUUUGAGUGAUAAUAAAAUAAAAUACUGUCAUUUUCAUUUA